AUGGGUGGUGCCUUGUGCAGUGCGGGGCUUGCAGGAGGCACCCCGAGAUACUUGGACCCUGGCAUGAUAAGCGGCCCCAGAGCUGGAGAGAAGUGCCGGUCAGCCUGCAGGAUGCCGCCGCCCCUCUUCCUGCUCCUACUCCUGCUCUCGGGGGCCACCGCGGCCCUGUCCCUGGAGGGUGGCCUCGCCGGACACGACAGCCGGCAUCUGCAGGAAGUGAUAGAAAUGAAGAAGAACAGCCUCUUGACUUUCCUGGCUGGGCGGUACCAGUGGGCCUCCCAGGUGGGCGCAGCCCCCUUCACAGGAGGGGCAGCUGGGGAGGUGGCCAAGCGGCAGGAUGUCCCGCCCCCUCAGCGGUCCCUGCGGGAGAAGGCACCUUGCAAGGAUUUCUUCUGGAAGACCUUCUCCUCCUGCAAAUAAAACUCUACCCCUGAUCACUCAUGCAAAGGAGUGUGACCAUGGAUCUGAAUCAAAUGUAUUAACAGCCGUGAUCUUUCUUCUUCGCACAGUUGUCUUCUCCUUCCUGUGUAAUUUGGAACG